AGGAAGCUGUGAAGUUAGCUGUUUAUAUCAUGAAUAUUUUAUGUGAAGUUGCCAAGCGUAAUUCGCCGUAGGCCUUUGUUUUAGUUGGGACGGUUGACUACCCUGUAAUUGGGUAAAGGAAAUAUGGCGAAAAGUUAUGACUACCUGUUUAAAAUUCUCCUGAUUGGAGAUUCAGGGGUUGGAAAAACUUGUAUUCUCUGUCGCUUCGCCAACAACGAAUUUAACAGAUCACACAUAUCAACCAUAGGAAUAGAUUUCAAGAUGAAAACGAUUGUUGUCGAAGGGAAAAGGAUCCGAAUACAGAUGUGGGAUACAGCUGGUCAAGAGAGAUAUGAAACAAUCACAACACAAUACUACAGAAGAGCACAUGGAAUAAUUCUAGUGUAUGAUAUAACAAGGCAGGAAACAUUUAAUAAUAUUAGGAAAUGGCUUAGAUAUGUUGAUGAGCAUGCUAACAACAAUGUUCAGAGACUACUGCUGGCAAAUAAAUGUGAUGCUGAAGAUGAAAGAAGAGUUUGGAAGGAUCAAGGAGCAAGGCUUGCUGCAGAAAAAAAUAUCAAGUUCUAUGAAACAAGUGCACAGUCCAAUAUAAAUAUAGAUGAGGCCUUCACAGAAAUAUGCCGACAAAUUUUACAAACUAUGGAUGUGCCUGACCAGAAUGGAAGAAUACUCUCCUCUGCUGGUGAGAUUGGAUCAAGUGCAGUACUCUUGGACACAAAAAAUGAAGUUCUGCCACGAAGCUCUUGUUGUUAUUAAAUAAAUAAAUUAUUAAUGAAUUUAGAAAUAUUUCUUAUUAUAAACUUAUUGAUAGAUUUUGUUGCAAGAUUAUUAGUAUUUGGGAUUACUAGCCUUGUAGAAUCUGCCCAUUUGGCUCACUUUUAUAACUUGCAUUUAUCCAGAGAUCUUGUUAUGAAUAUUUUGUAUAAAGAUGGUUUAGAACUCAAUGUGACUUAUGUAUGAAAAACAGGAAUAGUUUUGAAACUUGAAAUACUAAGUAAACAUCUAACAGUUGCAUUGUCAACUACUAAAAAUUCUCUCAGCUGUUUCAUGUUAGUAUUAAUUGUAUUAUAAUUCUGUAUCUGCUGCAAAUGGAAAUUCAUCUGACACUCAGAAAUAGGGUAUUGAAUCUAGUCUGUUCACAGACUCUAUUUUUUUUCUCAAGAGAAUCAUUGUGCUUCUUUGCUAAGUCCAGCAAAAAAAUGUGUAUGUCUCUGGACAAACUAAUUUCAUUCCUGUGCUUUAUGUUCUGUUCUCCAUAUAUGACAACAUUAAAUUAAUAGGCUAACUUUGUAAUACUUUUUAUAUUUAAUUAUUGGCCAGUCUAUAACACCCUUUGCUGUUUUUAGGGACAGGUCAAACAGUCCACAGUUUGCCAGUAGUGAAGCAAAAGUAAACAUAUUUUGAAUAAGAACAAGUAAUCAGAUGAUUUAAGGGGAAAGUAUGAAAUGAAUGGGUCUCAAUAUAAAUAUAAUCACUGUAAAAUACAAGAUGUGACUUAAGUCAGGGAAAUAAGUACUUCAGCCAUAUAUAUUAAGAAAAUUAAGGAUGCACUGGCACUACUUUUUUUGGCAAAACUUUUUCAUAACUACAUUGUUGUAACUGCAAAUAAAAGUAGUUUGUGAGGAUUGUAUA